AGAUUUUUUCAAAGGUUAAGCAAUGAAUGGAACUCAAAGGGAUAUUUUUUAUUUUCUCUACUUUGUUCUUCUUGGAAACCAAGAGUCAUCUAUGAAGGAUUUUGAACUUUUUUCAUCAGAUAUGAUCCUUCUGUGAGCUUAUUGAGUUAAACAUUUUCAUCUUAGAAGAGUUUUGGAUCUUGAACUUGGGGUUUAAGGAACAAAAUGUCCAUUAGUUGAGUGUCUGCAUCUGUGUACUCUAGAUUCAGGUGAAUAUGAUUGCUUUUUAAAGGCUAUUCUGAUUAGUCUUGCUUUGUCCUCAAAUAUGGCAUCAAAACCAUUCAAACAAAGCCGGUCAUCUCUUUCAGCAGCUUCUGAUGCAUCUGAAGCCCAGAAGCCUCCUUUACCUCCAACUGUAACAUUUGCCCGAAGAACUUCCUCGGGGCGCUACGUCAAUUACUCCAGGGAUGAUCUUGACAGUGAGCUGGGAAGUGAGCUAGGAAGUACUGAUUUCAUGAAUUACACAGUGCAUUUACCACCAACCCCUGAUAACCAACCUAUGGAUUUAACAGUCUCACAGAAAGUUGAGGAGCAAUAUGUAUCAAACUCGCUAUUUACCGGAGGAUUCAACAGCAUGACUAGAGCCCAUCUAAUGGAUAAGGUGACAGAAUCUAAAGCAAACCAUCCACAGAUGGCUGGUGUAAAAGGGUCUUCAUGUGCAGUUCCUGGUUGUGAUUGUAAAGUGAUGAGCGAUGAACGCGGUGAGGAUAUUCUUCCUUGUGAGUGUGAUUUUAAGAUAUGUAGAGACUGCUAUAUAGAUGCAGUGAAAACAGGAGAUGGAAUGUGCCUAGGAUGCAAAGAGCCAUAUAAGAACACAGAGCUAGAUGAAGUGGCUGUGGAUAAUGGAAGGUCAUUUCCACUUCUUCCGCCAAAUGGGGGAGUGUCGAAAAUGGAGAGGAGAUUGUCCUUGAUGAAGUCAACAAAAUCAGCACUGAUGAGAAGUCAAACUGGAGAUUUUGAUCACAAUAGGUGGCUCUUUGAAACAAGGGGUACCUAUGGCUAUGGAAAUGCAAUUUGGCCAAAGGAAGGGAAUUUUGGAAAUGGAAAAGAGGAUGGUGAUGUUGUUGACCCAACUGAGUUGAUGAACAAACCCUGGAGGCCACUUACAAGGAAACUCAAGAUACCUGCUGCUAUUCUGAGUCCAUAUCGUCUCAUCAUUUUGGUUCGCUUCGUUAUCCUAGUCCUGUUCCUGGAAUGGAGGAUCAGGCACAAAAAUACUGAUGCAAUCUGGCUAUGGGGUAUGUCUGUGGUUUGUGAGUUAUGGUUUGCUUUUUCUUGGCUUCUGGAUCAACUUCCCAAGCUGUGCCCGAUAAAUCGCUCAACGGAUCUUAAUGUUCUGAAGGAAAAAUUUGAAACACCAAGUCCUACCAAUCCUACUGGAAAGUCUGAUCUGCCAGGAAUAGAUAUCUUUGUAUCUACUGCAGAUCCUGAGAAAGAACCACCUCUUGUCACUGCAAACACUAUCUUGUCUAUUUUAGCUGCUGAUUAUCCAGUUGAGAAGCUUUCUUGCUAUGUUUCUGAUGAUGGAGGUGCACUUCUAACUUUUGAGGCAAUGGCUGAAGCUGCCAGUUUUGCUAAUGUAUGGGUUCCAUUCUGUCGUAAACAUGAUAUAGAGCCUAGAAAUCCUGAAUCAUAUUUCAGCUUGAAGCGAGACCCUUACAAGAACAAAGUGAAACCAGAUUUUGUGAAGGAUCGUAGACGGGUGAAGCGCGAGUAUGAUGAGUUCAAGGUCAGAAUCAAUGGUUUGCCUGACUCUAUUCGCCGCCGGUCAGAUGCCUUUCACGCAAGAGAGGAAAUCAAGGCCAUGAAACUUCAGAGACAGAACAAGGAAGAUGAACCUAUAGAAGCUGUAAAGAUUCCAAAAGCAACAUGGAUGGCUGAUGGAACUCAUUGGCCAGGGACUUGGUUGAACUCCUCAGCUGAGCAUUCUAAGGGUGACCAUGCUGGUAUAAUUCAGGUGAUGUUGAAACCUCCUAGUGAUGAACCUCUUCUUGGAAAUGAUGAUGAUACAAAGCUCAUUGACCUGACUGAUAUUGAUAUCCGUCUUCCCCUUCUUGUCUACGUUUCUAGAGAGAAACGUCCAGGCUAUGAUCACAACAAAAAAGCAGGUGCCAUGAAUGCCUUGGUCAGAGCCUCAGCCAUCAUGUCCAAUGGUCCUUUUAUACUCAACCUUGACUGUGACCACUACAUCUACAACUCGAAGGCAAUGAGGGAAGGCAUGUGCUUUAUGAUGGACCGUGGUGGCGACCGCCUUUGCUACGUUCAGUUCCCACAGAGGUUUGAAGGGAUUGAUCCCUCUGAUAGAUAUGCUAAUCACAACACUGUCUUCUUUGAUGUAAACAUGAGAGCCCUUGAUGGUCUUCAAGGGCCAGUGUAUGUAGGAACUGGUUGUCUUUUCAGAAGGGUUGCCCUUUAUGGAUUCGAUCCUCCCCGAGCAAAAGAACACCAUCCAGGUUUCUGCAGUUGCUGUUUUGGAAGGCGCAAGAGAAUUGCUAGCCACAACACUGAAGAGAACCGAGCGCUGAGGAUGGGUGAUGAUGACUCUGAGGAUGAAGAAAUGAACCUGUCAACGUUCCCUAAGAAGUUUGGGAACUCAACUUUCCUCAUUGAAUCAAUCCCAGUGGCAGAGUUCCAAGGCAGGCCACUCGCUGAUCACCCUGCUGUGAAAAAUGGGCGCCCUCCCGGUGCUCUCACCAUACCCCGCGAGCUUCUUGAUGCAGCAACCGUGGCAGAGGCCAUCAGUGUGAUCUCAUGUUGGUAUGAGGACAAGACUGAGUGGGGGCAGCGCGUCGGAUGGAUCUACGGAUCAGUCACUGAGGAUGUUGUCACCGGUUAUAGAAUGCACAACCGAGGAUGGAAAUCAGUUUACUGUGUGACAAAGCGUGAUGCUUUUCGCGGUACUGCUCCCAUCAACCUCACUGAUAGGCUGCAUCAAGUUCUUAGGUGGGCUACAGGUUCAGUUGAGAUAUUCUUCUCCAGAAACAAUGCAUUUCUUGCAAGCCCCAGAAUGAAAAUCCUUCAAAGAAUAGCAUACCUUAAUGUUGGAAUCUAUCCAUUCACUUCUUUUUUCCUCAUUGUCUACUGCUUCCUCCCUGCACUUUCCCUCUUCUCAGGCCAGUUCAUUGUUCAAACACUCAGCGUCACUUUUCUCUCUUAUCUAUUAGGCAUCACAGUGACACUGUGCAUACUUGCUGUGCUUGAGAUUAAAUGGUCAGGGAUUCAGCUUGAAGAAUGGUGGAGGAAUGAGCAGUUUUGGUUGAUUGGAGGGACCAGUGCUCAUUUAGCUGCUGUGCUUCAAGGACUGCUCAAAGUGAUAGCAGGCAUUGAAAUCUCCUUCACCUUGACCUCAAAAUCUGGUGGUGAUGAUGUCGAUGACGAGUUUGCUGAUCUCUAUGUUUUCAAGUGGACAUCGCUCAUGAUACCACCCAUCACAAUCAUGAUGGUUAACUUGAUAGCAAUUGCAGUCGGAGUGAGCAGGACCAUAUACAGCACCAUACCUCAGUGGAGCCGUUUGCUAGGUGGUGUUUUCUUCAGCUUUUGGGUGCUGACUCAUCUCUACCCUUUUGCUAAAGGUUUGAUGGGAAGAAGAGGGAGGACACCUACCAUUGUUUAUGUGUGGUCAGGUCUCAUAGCAAUCACAAUAUCACUCCUUUGGGUUGCAAUCAAUCCCCCUCAAGGUGCCAACGAGAUAGGUGGUUCAUUCCAGUUCCCAUGAUAGCUCAUUCUUUUUGUCAUAUGACAAUUUCUUUCUUUUGUUUUUUGUGUAAAAUUCUUUUUCCCUCUUAAGUCAUCAACAUGAUGAUAAUAGUGAAUGGACCUAAAUAUUACUCUGUUUAUUGAGCUUAUGAAUUUUGUUCAGAUAGUGAAUCCCUGGAAUCAGGAACGUUUGAUGGUGAAUUGAGAUAACUUUCUUAUUCCAA